UUUCCUCCUGCUCUAAACUCUGCUUCUCUCUCAUUUCUGUAACACACACAGUGUGCUCGGACAGGUGCCUGCAUGUAAAUUCAACAACAUCUGUCUUUUCUGUUGAAGGAAACUUCUGUAGGCCUGAUCUAAUGGCUGGACGUUCAAAAAGCUGAGAAAGAUGCUUCAACUUCUGAAGGAGAGGCAGACAACUGGAGAAAAGGCCUGUUAAAUUUAUAACUAACAUGCAGCCGCACUGAAAGCCUGGACGAGAUAAACUUUUACAGGACUUCUUUUUUUUUAAUAGAGAGAAAGCAUAAAGAAGCAAUUUUUAAAUUAAUUUUGGAGUAAAUGUGUGUCUACGAUUGAUCUUCCAUUUUGAAAUCGUUGCAUCUGAAAAUACUUUUAGGAAUCUGAUUGUUGUGAAUUCUCCUCUUCAUCAAGAGCUUCUUUGCAAUCACAUGCACCGUCUCAUCCUAAACCCUGCAUGUGUUUAAAAGGUGUCCAUAUUGACUGACAGCAUGUCCUAAAGAAGCCCAUGUGCUUUCACUCACGCUGGAUUGGACAGACUUUAAAAAUUGAGCAAAGAGUUUGGCUUUCGGGAAUCAUCAGCAGUUUGUCUCAAAGCAGUCUAAUAUCCUGGAAUUCCUAAGGAAAGCAGUGAUGGGUAACGCAGCCGGCGGGUUGGAGCAGGCGGAGGGGCAGGAGGCCAAAGGCUCAACGGGAGGCCUAAACCCUGCUCCCUCCAUCCUUAAAAAGAAAUGUGCCCCUCCAAAGCUACCCAUGCCCCCAGAGGAAGAGCUAGAAGAACGCUUCAAUGUGGUUUUGAGCACCAUGAAUCUCCCUCCUGAUAAGAUGAAGCUUCUGAGCCAGUAUGACAAUGAGAAGAAAUGGGAGCUGGUCUGUGAUCAGGAGCGAUUUCAGGUGAAAAACCCUCCUUCAGCUUACCUCACUAAAAUCAAGAGCUUCUACCAGGACCAGGGUGGAGUCACACGCAGGUUCAAGAAACGUGUGCAGGAGUCAACUCAAGUCCUGAGAGAGCUGGAAAUAUCGCUGAGAACCAAUCACAUUGGGUGGGCCCAGGAGUUUCUGAAUGAGGAAAACCAAGGCUUGGAUGUCCUGGUGGACUACUUGUCAUAUUCUCAAAGUGACGUGCCGUUUGAGGUGGAGUCUGUGGAAAAUGGUGGCUCCAUAUCAGACAACAGGAGGAUGUCAGAGAGAUCGGUGGAGGAUCUUGCCAAAAAUGUCAACCAUUCUGCCCCACACACGAUGACCAGGGCAGCGCGUGCGCUCACUGUCCGAAUAACGUCACUGGCACACAGCAGAAAAACUCUGCGAAUUGCCCGACUGGCCACCCAGAGAGAUGAUGUUCACCUCUGCAUUAUGUGUCUACGUGCUAUUAUGAACUAUCAGUCUGGGUUUAAUUUAGUCAUGACACACCCUAGAUGUGUCAACGAAAUCACACUUAGUCUCAACAACAAAAACCCCAGGACUAAAGCUCUCGUCUUGGAGCUGUUGGCAGCAGUGUGUUUGGUUAGAGGAGGCCAUGACAUCAUCAUAUCAGCUUUUGACAACUUUAAAGAUGCUAGUGGAGAGAAGAACCGCUUUGAGAAGCUCAUGGAGUACUUCAUGCAUGACGACAGCAACGUGGACUUCAUGGUGGCUUGCAUGCAGUUCAUAAACAUUGUGGUUCACUCAGUGGAGAACAUGAACUUCCGUGUACAUCUCCAAUAUCAGUUCUCUCAACUAGGACUUGACCAGUACUUAGAGUCGCUUAAGGAUAUGGAAAGCGAGAAGCUGCAAGUGCAGAUCCAGGCCUAUUUGGAUAACGUGUUUGAUGUUGGAGCUCUGCUAGAGGAUGCAGAGAAUAAAGGAGAUAUAGUGGACCUUGUAGCAGAUCUGCAGGAGAACAAUGCACAGCUGACCGCCAGACUGCAGGAAUGUGAGAAUGGAGCACUGGACAAAAUAGCAGAACUAGAGCAACAGCUAUUGCAGGCAACUAAAGAAUCAGCAUUGCUGAAGGAGAGCUUGCGGGAGUCCUGCACUCAGGUGAGCACGCUACAGCAGAGAGAACGAGAGCGAGAGAUCCAGAGAGAAAGAGAACGAGAGCAGGAGCGUCAGUCACAGCCCUCACAGGUGGACAGAGAGAAGGGGAGUGAAAAAGAGUCCAAACUGGAGAAAAAACUCAAAGAACUGCAGGAGAAAGGCUUACUUCGACUGGAGCGCACAGUCUCUGGAAGCCUGGACAUUGACGUCAUUCCAGUCACCUUAGAGAAGAUUGUAACUCAGACAGUGACUGUGCCCGAUUCUGCUUCUCAAGCCCCACCCAGUCCGGCUGCAGCACCACCUCCACCUCCUCCACCCCCUCCACUACCUGGCGCUGAAGCACCUCCUCCUCCUCCACCACCUCCUCCUCCUUCUGGAAGUGGAGGUGCUCCUCCCCCUCCCCCUCCGCCACCUCCCCCUGGUGGAGGUCCACCACCACCCCCGCCUCCACCGGGCUCUGGGCCUCCACCUCCUCCUGGAGCUCCUCCUGCCCCUGGAGCUGAAACAGGACCAAAGGCACGCAAAACAAUUCAGACAAAGUUCAGGAUGCCUCUGUUGAACUGGCAGGCUUUGAAGCCCAACCAAGUGUCCGGAACGGUGUUUAGUGAGCUGAAUGAUGAGCAAGUGUUACAGGCUCUGAAUAUGGAUCUAUUUGCGGAGCAGUUUAAGACUAAAGCACAAGGUCCCCCAGCAGAUCUUUCUAAGCUCAAGGUUAAAGUGGCUGAGAAGGCCCCAACUAAGGUGUCCCUGCUGGAGGCUAACAAGGCCAAAAACCUUGCCAUCACCCUCCGCAAGGGAGGCAUGAACCCUGACAAAAUCUGCACUGCAAUUGAGAGUUAUGAUCAGUCUCUGAGCUUAGACUUUCUGGAACUUCUGGAACGCUUCAUCCCAUCGGAGUAUGAGAUGAAGUUGCUCCAGAACUAUGAGAAAGAAGGACGUCCUCUAGAAGACCUGAGCGAGGAGGACCGUUUCAUCAGCCGCUUUGGGAAAAUCCCACGUCUUUCCCAGCGGAUUAACACUCUUACCUUCAUGGGGAACUUUCCAGAAAGCAUCAAACGCCUGCAGCCGCAACUGGAUGCCAUCAUUGCAGCAUCGGUGUCCCUCAAGUCCUCAUCAAAGCUGAAGAAGAUGUUAGAGAUCAUCCUGGCCUUUGGGAACUACAUGAACAGCAGUAAAAGAGGAGCAGCGUAUGGCUUCCGUCUGCAGAGCCUCGACCUGCUGCUGGACACAAAGUCCACAGACCGCACACAGACUCUGCUGCACUUCAUUGCAAAUAUGGUGCAUGAGAAAUACCCUGAGCUUACCUCCUUCCACAAUGAACUCCGCUUUGUAGACAAGGCUGCUCUAGUGUCUCUGGACGGUGUUCUGCAGGAUGUAAGAUCUCUGGAAAGAGGCAUGGAAGGCACCAAGAAGGAGUUUAUGGUGCAGGACGACAUCCCGGCACUCAAAGAGUUUGUCAAAGCCAACAGUGAUGUAUUAGACUCCCUCGUUAAAGAUGGCAAAACAGCACAGGAGGCAUAUGCGGCUGUGGUGGAGUAUUACGGAGAAAACCCCAAGACGACACAGCCUUCCAUGUUCUUCCCAAUCUUUGCAAGGUUCAUCAAAGCUUAUAAGCAAGCGGAACAAGACAACGAACAGAAGAAGAAGCAGGAAAUGGCAGCAGAAGAACAGGCAACCCCUUCCCCAAAAAAGAAAGAGGGCACCCCUCAAAAGGGUCCCAUGAUGCCCAAAAUGGACCUGAUUGCAGAGCUGAAGAAGAGACAAGUGAAGCCCCAAGUUACAGACGGAGCCAUUGAUGACAUUAUCACAGAUUUGAGAAACUCACCAUAUAGAAGAGGUGAUGGUCGGAGAGCAGCUCCACGACAAGAAAACUGAGUGUGACCUUCAAGAGACAAUCCUGGAAGCUUCUGUACAUAAAAGCUGCAAUCUUAUUCUAUAAAUAUAUAUAUAGUAAAACAUUUUUAAAAUGUAUCUGGCAAACACACAUUCAAACACAAGUUCACACGACAGCAGAUGGUGCACACAACCACAAAGAGUCACACUAACAGACACCCAUCACUCAUUCACACAUAGCCUAUGAGAAUCUGUUUGAAGCAGAUCAAUAUAGUUGUACAUAAGCCAUAAAAUCAUUUUGUACUCUCACGUUUAAUUAUUUCAUGCGUCAUUUCAAAGGAAUUUUAGCAAAAAAAUUGUAUAAAAACACUUUUUAUAUGUUACACGGUUACAAACAACAAUAACAUGAAAAAAGACUCAGUGGAAAUGUUGUCGUAGAAGAGAGCUGUACUUUAUUAGACACACAACCACAGCAAGUAUGUACAAAAGAUCUCAGCUCUCGACGUUUUCUCACAGGAAAAAAAAAAAUCCAAAUCAAAUAAAAUCACAUUUCUCACAAAGUUA